AUGGCUACUCGUGGGGCUCUGAAGCUCAAAUGGAUCGUGAAAGAUCUCCAGAGGAAGAGAACCCUCAAGAAGCGCCUUGCUAGUCUUAUUAAAAUGGUGUUCGAGCUAACCGUCCUCUGCGACGUGAAGGCCUUCCUCGUUUCGCACGUCCCCGGCGAGGAGCAGCCGGUGGUGUGGCCGUCGCCGGAGGAGGCUCCUGCUCUCGUGGAGAAGUACAAGGAGCUGUCGGCGUUGGGCAAGGUGAAGGAGAUCGACAUCCUGACCAUCUGGACGAAGCAAGUUGAGAAGCACAAGGUGAAGGUGUUUAACGGUAGCCGGGCUAACGGCGAGCGUGAACUCAAGGCCAUUCUGAGACGCAAGCUGAACGACUUGUUCGUCGGCCGGCCAAGGAGCGCCGAGGACCUAACGCCGGGAGUUCGGAGCGAGCUCGGCCGGUUGAUGGAGGGGAUCCUCAAGGAUGUGGGCAAACGCAUAGAGGAGAAGCGUUCCGCAGCUCCUCCUGCGAUUGCUGAUGUCCCUGAGGAGGUGGUGCAAGCUCCUCCAGCUGCUGCUCCCCUGACAAUGGUUGCUCCUCCACUGAUGUUGGAGCCACCUCCUACAGCUGUUCCUGUGGUGGAACCGCAACAGCCACAUGAUCUUGAAGCUCCUCCACCCAUGACCUUGGAUGGCCAGCCCCGCCAUGGAAGCUUCCUCUUCGAAAUGUUCGAUGCGAUGGACGUUGCCGGCGACGGUGGCGGUCUUCCUACUCCAGAGGAACUUCGUGAAGUUUUCGCCAGGGCCGGGUUACUUGCCCCGCAGCCGCCACCCUCCGAUGCCUAG